ACCAUAGCUCACUCGUCACACACUUGUCCCUCACAUCUCUCUCACCACCAUGGAUCUCCUUCUCUUGGAGAAGACCCUAAUAGGUCUCUUCAUCGCUAUAGUCGUCGCAAUCAUCGUCUCCAAGCUCCGCGGCAAGAAGUUCAAGCUCCCUCCCGGUCCUAUCCCCGUCCCCGUCUUCGGCAACUGGCUCCAAGUCGGCGAUGACCUCAACCACCGCAACCUUACUGACAUGGCUAAAAAAUUCGGCGACGUGUUCAUGCUCCGCAUGGGGCAGCGCAACCUCGUCGUGGUCUCGUCACCUGACCUGGCCAAGGAGGUCCUCCACACUCAGGGCGUCGAGUUCGGCUCCCGAACGAGGAACGUCGUGUUCGACAUCUUCACCGGGAAAGGACAGGACAUGGUGUUCACCGUGUACGGUGAGCACUGGAGGAAAAUGAGGAGGAUAAUGACGGUUCCUUUCUUCACCAACAAGGUGGUGCAGCAGUACCGCCACGGCUGGGAGGCGGAGGCGGCGGCGGUGGUGGAGGACGUGAAGAAACACCCCGAGGCCGCCACCAGCGGGAUGGUGCUACGUAGGAGGCUGCAGCUGAUGAUGUACAACAACAUGUACAGGAUCAUGUUCGACAGGAGAUUUGAAAGCGAGGAGGACCCUCUGUUCGUGAAACUUAAGGGUUUGAAUGGAGAGAGGAGCCGACUUGCGCAGAGCUUUGAGUAUAAUUACGGUGACUUUAUUCCCGUGCUCCGGCCGUUCCUCCGAGGGUACCUGAAGAUCUGUAAGGAGGUGAAGGAGAAGAGGAUUCAGCUCUUCAAGGACUAUUUCGUCGAUGAGAGAAAGAAACUUGCAAGCACACAGGUCACAACUAAUGAAGGAUUGAAGUGUGCCAUUGACCACAUCUUGGACGCUCAACAGAAAGGAGAGAUCAACGAGGACAAUGUCCUUUACAUCGUCGAGAACAUUAACGUCGCCGCCAUUGAAACUACACUAUGGUCAAUCGAGUGGGGAAUAGCCGAGCUUGUGAACCACCCCGAAAUCCAGAAGAAGCUGAGGGAUGAGCUCGACACUGUCCUAGGCCAUGGAGUUCAAGUCACAGAACCCGAACUUCACAAGCUACCGUACCUUCAAGCCGUGGUGAAGGAAACCCUAAGGCUUCGCAUGGCGAUCCCCCUCCUCGUCCCACACAUGAACCUCCACGAUGCCAAGCUCGGAGGGUUCGACAUUCCGGCGGAGAGCAAGAUCUUGGUGAAUGCUUGGUGGCUAGCGAACAACCCUGCACACUGGAAGAAACCAGAGGAGUUUAGGCCUGAGAGGUUUUUGGAAGAGGAGUCAAAGGUUGAGGCCAAUGGCAAUGACUUCAGGUACCUUCCGUUUGGUGUCGGCCGGCGAAGUUGUCCCGGGAUUAUUUUGGCACUGCCAAUCCUUGGGGUUACUUUGGGACGUUUGGUCCAGAACUUUGAGAUGUUACCUCCUCCAGGACAGACUCAGCUUGACACUACGGAGAAAGGUGGACAGUUUAGCCUGCAUAUCUUGAAGCACUCUACCAUAGUCAUGAAGCCAAGGGCAUAACUCACACAGUAGAGAUGUUACGUGUUUUGAAUAUGUGAAAAUACCAGAGACAAAAGUGGGAUGUGGUAUGUUGUGGCUUGUGUAAAUCUUUGAACUUUGAUUAAUGAUAAUGGCUUUUAAAACUUUGCAAUAAAACUUCAUUCUCUUGGUUCUCUUAA